UUGCCCGGGUGAUUGCCGUAGGGCGGCCGAGUGUGCGGAGUCACGAUGGCGGUGCAGCUGGAGCAGGCGGUCGGGAUGUACGAGCAACUGCGGAGCGAGUGGGCGCGCAAGAACCCCAACCUGCGCAAGUGCGAGGAGCUGCUGGUCAAGCUGAAGGUGGCUCUACUGGAACUGAACUUUCUGCCCACCUCCGGCACCAAACUGACCAAGAGACAGCUCAUUCUUGCCCGGGAUGUUUUGGAAAUCGGAGCGCAAUGGAGUAUCCUGAAGAAAGAUAUCCCAUCGUUUGAACGCUAUAUGGCACAACUCAAGUGUUAUUACUUUGAUUACAAGGAUGAAUUGCCUGAGUCUGCCUACAAACAUCAGCUAUUGGGAUUGAACCUGCUGUUUCUUCUGUCUCAGAACCGGGUGGCUGAAUUCCACACAGAGCUGGAGAGACUACCUGCAAAAGACAUACAGACCAACGUAUACAUCAAACACCCAGUCUCACUCGAGCAGUAUCUAAUGGAAGGCAGCUACAACAAGGUUUUUCUAGCAAAGGGAAACAUCCCUGCCGAAAGCUACACCUUCUUCAUUGAUAUUCUGCUCGAUACCAUAAGGGAUGAAAUUGCCGGGUGCAUUGAGAAGGCGUACGAAAAUAUAUUAUUCAAUGAAGCUUCAAGGACGCUGUUUUUUACCACAUCAAAGAAGAUGACCGAGUACGCAAAAAAGAGGGGCUGGCUCCUGGGUCCAGAUAACUAUUACUCAUUUACCAACCAGCAGCAGAAGCCAGAGGAGGCCACAAUCCCAUCCACAGAACUGGCCAAGCAGGUCAUUGAAUACGCCAGGCACCUGGAAAUGAUUGUUUAGCCAAGAGAGAAGACGGUUUUUUUUUUCAGGAUGGGGAGUGGGUGGGAUUAACUUUGUUUCUUUGGGGGUAUGCGGGUUUGCGACGAGGGAAUGGGCAGUGAUGUCUGCACUCUUCAGAUCCUGAAAGCUGCUGAUUACUGUGGAUCAAUUACGUUGAUGGACUGUGCUGAACACAGACUACAGAGCUGAGCUGCCCAGGUUUGGGCAGUUUCCAUUCUGUGCACAAUGUGUGGGUAUCUACCCAUUGAACCAUUGAAACCUUCAGUUUUCAACAACUUGUCCUCCAGCGCCUCUCAGAUUCACACCAAUAGUCCGAUGUGGAAAUGUCAGUAUUUUAGUUAAACUCCGUUCCAGCUGACUUAAUACAAAGUGGAUAGUUUUACGUGUAAUCUGAGGAGCCUUGCUUAUCUUCAAAAUAAAAUCAAGUCUAUUAGCACAGCCUUGUGUCCUUUCAUGGUUUUGUGGAAAUAUCCUGCUCCAUCAAACAGCCGUUGAUUCACAAGCCAGGACAAAGCUGCGUACUUCCUUGUCUUGGAGCCUUUCUGUCUACCUCAAGUCAAGUUUAUUGUCAUUUAACUAUAUACAUGCAUUCAGUAUUUCUCUGGACCCGGGUAUAAAGCACAGUAGUACAUAUAAUGCACAAUUAGCCCCCCCGUGGUGCAGUGGCAUCAGCAACGGACUUCGAGGCGAAUGGUCCCAGGUUCAAAUCUGGCUAUCUCCUAGCACGCUUUCCACCCCUGCGUGUCAAGCUAGUAAAACAAGACAAAAACGCUUAAAAAGUGGCAGAUGUGCAAUGAGGUAUGGAGAGGAAUAAUAAGCACACAAUAACUUAGGAAAGUAAGGAUAAAGUCUACAGAUGAAUUGGUUGAGGCCCACGUUGGUCAGAAUUGACGAUGGAUGUUGCAUCCUAACUGUCUAGAUACGCAAGCCUGGGCAGUACGAUAUGUUGCCCAUGUAGCAAGCUCCCCCUCUCCAUGCAUCUGAUAAACCAAAAGGAACGGUAGAGACCCAUACAGUUUGGUACCAGAAGUGUCACAGGAGUUGCCAGUCAGCAUUGAACGCAAUUGCCUUAGGGACACCAGCUCUGGAUUUUUCCCUCAGGGGUUUACUCAUGAAGCCUUCCCCAUGAGUGGCUGUAGCCACAAGGCAGCAGAGGUUUGAGAUCAGUGCUUUCCUUCUCGAUGGGCUGACAAACCCCAUCUGUUUGAGGUAACCUGCCUUUGCCCCUUCUCCUGUCAGUAGAAAUGAUUCCACCAGGCUUAGUAGCUAAGCCACAUGUGAGGGCCAGGAGUUGGACUUGGUUAUCAGAGGCUAUUUGAGGUGCACGCCAUUGGGAGCAUUUAUUAGGUAUAAUUGGAGCUUGUCCCCAUUACCACACCCCACCCCCAUAACAACCUUAAUAAAUACAGUACACAAAUAAACAAAGUAAAGUGCAUAAAUUAAAUAUUGUAGAGUACAGAAUAGACUAACCAGUGACACUUCAAGUGCAAUAGGGCAGGGAGUUCAAAAGCCUAAUGGCCUGAGGGAAGAAACUGUUUCCCAUCCUGACCGUUCUUGUUUUUAAGUAUCGGAAUCUCCCGCCCGAUGGUAGAAAGUCAGAGAGCGAUGGAUGGGUGGGAUCUCAAGGGUCCAGUGUACGCAGGGCUCCUGAUGGUUGCCCCCGGGAUACCCCGAUGAUCCUCUCGGCCAUUCUCAAAGUCCCUCAUAGGGACUUGCAAUCUGAUGCUUGACUGCUCCCAUAACAGCUUAACUUCCGCUUGAAUUAAUUCUAUCAGUCACGGUAAUUUGUUAGUGUAGAUGCAGCAAAGUGCUUAGUUCAGAAAUCCACACGCCUUGGUAACUUUGAAAUAAACUUUAUUUGAAGUAAGCAAGUCAAGAGUCAGAGGAAAGUUCCAACCAGUCUUUGUACUAUUACUUGGAUGGUCCAAGGUGUGGACUGGGGUCAGGGGAGGUAUUUGAAUGGAGCAUAUAUGAUGGGUGAGAGAUGUCAUCCUGGGCAUUUUGCAUCAGAAAAUUUAGCAUAUUGCAAGUUGGAACUGUAGCAAAUUACAGGAGUUGAUUUGGAAAUGUUAAUGACUGCUCCUCCAUGAAAUAACAUCUUGAUUGAUUUUGCUUGCAGGGCAGUUAACCUGCAGUAACUUGGGAUAAUUUAAUUCACUAAAUUGUACAGAAUUCUGUCUAAAAUUGGAAAUUGUGACAAUGCAGGGGAGAUGGGUGUGUCUGACUAAAUUUGUGCCAACUGAAGAAAUUUCUAAGUUCCUGAAACCUGAUAUUCGGGCUUCCUUGCUUGAGUUGCUCAUUUAGUUGAGGUUAUUGUCUGGUUUGAAAUGGUCCAUGCAGAACUUGGUUCCGGCCACCAGCGAACCUGCCAGCACAGCUGUCUGCACCCAGAGUGUCUCACAGGAGGGUUCCCUCGCUGAGUCGGUCCUGUGUGAAGGGAGAAGAAAUGGCAGAAUUGUUUUGAGAUGGCCAGAGUAACCCUCUGGCGGUAGGUUUGGGCGAUGGUCUACUACUGACCUAAUGUUCCUUGCUCUCGCGCCCCUCAGCUACUGUGUGCUUUGCACAGUGCUGCUAAGCACCUUCUCAUCCAUAUCCCAGCACGAUAAAAAGACAGUAUAAGGCAUUGGUGUAUUUGGAGUAUUGUGAGCAGUCUUGGGCUUCCUUAUCUGACAAUGUGGUUGGCUCUGGAGACCAAGUCAUUGGCUAUAUUUAAAGUGGAGGUUAAUGGGUUCUUGAUUAGUAAGAGCAUCGAAGAUUACAGGAGAAUGGGGUUGAGAGGGAUAAUAAAUAGCCCAGUCCCUAUUUUUUCUUUUUUGUUUUGUUUUCUUU